AUGUGGUCAACAUUCGUAUGGUCCUUUGUCUACAUAACAAUAGUCAGUAGUUUAUUUUUAUCAAAACAUAAAUCUCUGGCUGCGAAUACUCGUUUGGGAUUAUCGACAAGUAUCCCAGAUAUCGAAUAUGAACAGGUCAUUGCUAAACGUUACCUAUUUGCGCCAUUUGCCAAUGAAUCUACUGCUUGGCCAGUACUUACUAAUAUUCACAAUGUAUAUCAAGUUGUUUCAUUGCCACAAUAUUAUGCUCAAGCUGCCGAAGGAUUUUGGUUAUUGGCUCAAAGUACUAAUUCAACAAUUGAAACACCACACAUGUCUUGGAUGUCUGUGUCUGACAACAAUACUUCGAUAGUUUUGUCCAAGAUUGACAUUAAGAGCUUUUUAGUUGUUUCACACAAUAAAACUACUGCUAUGAUUUAUACAGCUGCUGUCAUCUCCUUAGAACGUAUACAAUUAAUUUUAUGCAAUCAAUCGGAUGCAACUUCUUGUAGAAUUAUAAAAAGCAUUGCGUUUCCUUCUGUCCUAGUGAAUAUUUCAAAUAUUACAGCCGGUUUGUUUAUAGAUGAUCUGGGAACAGCAGGAUGGUUAUAUAUUGCUACUGAUAUUGGAUUGCAUGGUUUAGAUCUUUCAACAUUCAUUAUUCAUCCCUAUAUUAAUGAAAUUAAUGAAACUGUUUCUAGUUUAGCAUGGAGUUCACAGCAUAAGACAGUUUUUAUUGGCACAGAAACAAAACUCUGGAUUCAUUCAUAUGAUAGUGAUGAUGAAGAAUGGCGUCUUGAGCUUAUCCUUGGACUGAUUGAUGCACCUAUCACUUCAUUAGUAUAUAGUGCUGGACAAGACAAAUUAUAUAUCGGACAAAACACUGGCAUUACUCUUCUUUCACCAGUUAUUAUGUCGACCGGACGUGUACAUUGGUUUUUUUCUAGAUUAGCAGGACAAAUUUCCAAUCCCGGAUCAGAUAUUGGACAUUUACCAUUUGCUAAUAUUACUACUUUAGGUGUGAGCCAUUCGACAUUACCUGACAGUCGAGUAUGGUUAGGUUCUAUUCGUGGAAUGAUGCGCUUUGAUUCCAAUGAUACUGACAUAAAUAAUGCUUGGCGUAUAUUUAAUAGUGCUCGAUACAUGCCUCAUCGUGAUUCAUUCGUCAAUAUAGUUUCAUUGGCUGUACUGAGUCGUGACAGUAAGGCUACUACGGCAUUGGGUAGUACUGCAGUAGCAGUUACUAGUAAAGGCUUAGCUGUUCUUCGAUUUGAGAUGUGGACGUUGGCACAAAAAGCAAAGCAUUUUCAAGAAUUCUUUAAUCAAACAGGUAGACAUGACAGAUAUAAUUUGGUAUCAGGUUGUAGUAUGUCAUCAUGGGGAGAUAGUCGUACGUGUGUUAAAGGACCUGAUGAUAAUGAUGGUCUGUGGACUUCGAUGUAUUUAAGUAGUCAAAUCUUUCGCUAUAGAGUAACUCAAGAUGAAACAGUAAAAGCAUCUGCUUGGACUCAUUUUGAAGCAUUGGAACUGCUUAAUAAGGUUACUGGUAUUUCUGGUUAUCCUGCUCGUUCAAUUGCAAAACGCACUGAUUCUCCUUUUAAUUUUCAAUGGUUCGUAUCUCCUGUUUAUCCGACUCUUCAAUACGAAGGUGAUACCUCAUCUGAUGAGGCUGUUGGACAUGAAUUUGUUUAUCCAUUAGUACAUGAUUUAUUGGCUAGUAAUGAAGAUGAACGUGACAGAGCUUACACCUUGCUCUUCAAUCUCACUAAUCAUAUUUUAACUCAUGACUGGUAUUUGGAAGGUUUGAAUGGCACUCAGAGAGGUGUCUGGAAUCCAUUAGAUAUAAAUUAUGAUGUUGAUUAUGCAGAUGAGCGAGGUCUUGGAAGUCUCGAAAUAUUGACUAUUUUACUUUCAACUUAUGCUUUCAUUGGUGAUGAACGUUUUCUUAAUGCUACUAAACUUCUUAUUGAAACCUAUCAUUAUGAUGUUAAUAUGGUUAAUCAAAAGACGAUUGCAGUUUGCCAGUUUAAGUUUUGGAAUGAUGAACUAGCUUAUUUAUCCUAUUUUAAUUUAGUUUAUGCAAUUAACAAACUUAGUUCAACGCCUACUCUAUCUACAACACAAAAGGAACGUGCACUAUUAGUUAUCGAUAAUAUAUUGGAGUAUAUGACGAUUGGCUUAGAACUAUCGCAUAAGUACAAACAAAUGGACAAAUCGCCAUUCUAUAACUUCAUCUAUUGUUAUGUUAGUGGUCAGGUUAAUCAAACUCAACAUCUAUUCAAUAAAACUCGUAGAUCUUCUCCUCAAUUCGACUGCAAUUCUUUGUCAAAAGAUGGGAUAUGGUAUAUGCAACGUUGGCCAUUGGAACUUAUCAAUUGGCCACAAUUCAAUAGUGAUCGAUUGGAUGUCCAACUUAAUGUACCUGGUGAAUGUGAUUUUGAGAGAGUACAUCGUUCCUUAAAGAUGUUACCUCCUGACGAACGAACCAUUGAUAUAUGGAACUAUAACGUCUACGAUUUGGAUGGUGGUAAUGGAUUGUUGGAAACAGAUCCAACUGCUUUCUUAAUAAGUUAUUGGGGAAUGCGUUAUUUUAAUUUACUAGGAGAAUGA